AUGUGUCACCUGGAUAGAAUCCCUCUGGAGUUUGCGAAUAGAUGCACCUCGGAGUCAAUUGAGUUCUAUUUCUCCUUGAAUCUCUUGAAAUCAGCAAGAGAAAUUGAAGAGGAAGUUAAUUCAAUGGCGGGAUAUGAUUUCCUUCAUGUUGGCAUCUACGAUGAAACACACCGCACAUUCCGAGAUCAAUUAGCUCAUGAUUUAUACAACAAAUAUGUACAAAAAGGCAACAAUAGUAUUGUUGUUCAAAGAAGGAUGUCUAAUCUAGAGUUGGCUAUUUUACCACAACUCGGGCAUGAUGAUACAAAGGAUCCAGUUUCACAAAGGGUCACGUCUGAAUCAGAACAGUUAACUAUAUUCUAUGCUGGAACUGUACAUGUUUAUGACAAUAUUUCUGUUCAAAAGGCAGAGUCAAUUAUGAAUCUGGCAAGUGAAAACUGUAAUGCAAAGGAAAUUAAACCAACUCAGAAAUCCCAAGUUCCACAUCAUGUCUACAAGUUUCAAGCAGAGUUGCCAAUUGCAAGAAGGAAAUCUCUCAAGAGAUUCUUUGAGAAACGUCAUAACAGGAUUACAAGUAAACAACCAUAUGCCUCUCCCGAAUGUGAUCAUCAUCAGAGUGAAAAUUGGAACGAUACAAAAAAGAUUAACGUAACUCAUGCGCAAAAAUAACACGCACAAAUCGAGAAAUGGUUUAAAAAAACAAAAAAGAUCAGAGUGGAAAUUAUAAUUUGAAGGAAAAAGAAAAGUUGGUUUGGGCUAAUUUGUGUUGAUCCAAGUCCAGUCCCAUUUUUCAUAAAAUCAUGUAAAGUUAAGUCUCAAGUCCAUUUUCUUUAUAAUCCAGACCAGAUCAUUGCAUUUGGAUCUAUUUUGUGUUGUUUUUUAAAUAUUGCCCCUCAUUAUAAAUUAAAAUAAAAU